AAGCAUUCAGUCUUGGGGCUGCCACCGGAGCGGUUGUUGUUGUUGUAUCUCUCUCUCUCACUUCUCGUCGUGAACCUCUCAGUGUUGAGUCUGUGCUCUCGUUCACGAGCAGCAGCAACAACCCGGUCCGCGCGCACUCGGCUCGGACUUUAUUUUUUGUUUCGUUUUGUUUGGUUACUCGUCGAGUGAUUGUUGAUUUUUUAUUUAUUUUAGUUAUUUGUAUUUGGGGGGUUUUUCGGUCACGUGGAAAUCGGUGUCGGAAAAAAAACUGAAUUGCUGCCAGCCCCGUUUUUCACUCUCACUUUUUGGCAUUUGAAAAAUCGAACCAACCAGAGAGAACGUUUGAAAAACGAUUGAUUCUUAAUUCGGAGAAGGUCGAAAAUUAUGUCCAGUAGUUCGCCGUCCAUGUCUGUGAUGGAAAUGGAAGAGAGCAGCGACACGAGUCGAGAAGAUCGAAAAUCACGUCGUCAUCGCCCGUCAGCGGCGCAACCCAAAGGUCGUCAAAUCACCCGGAAUUUUGCCCAUCCUCCGCCCAGUCCUGUGGGUUCACUGUCUUACGGUGCCGGCAUGCCGGGUGGCGUUUACGUCAGCGGAUCCCCUUAUUCGACAUCCGUCAGAGAUCAGCCGGUAUCCGGCAGCAUUCCGGCUUAUUCCAUGUGGGGAAGCGAUUCGUCCCAACUCUACCGGCCCGGUAGCGGCGGGAAAGAUCCGAAAGACAAGAAACAAGUGUGCAGCACUUUGCUCAUCACCACGGCCACUCUGGUCGUGUUGGCCGUUUUGGGCAUCGCUGCCGUGGCCGCUUAUCUUGGAGUUAUGACUAAUCACUCGGACGGAGAUAAAUAUGAGAUCGAAUUUGAUUGUUCCUUGAGAAUCAGCCGCGGGGAUAACUUCCGCCUCAACCUCGCUGAUCCGACUAGUCCCCAAUUCCGUACGAAAUCCGAUCGCUAUCGACGUCUGAUUGACAGUGUGUACAAGGCUAGUCCGUUGUCUGAAUCAUUUCGACGCUGUUCGGUGGAGCGCUUCACUAAUGGCAGUCUGGUCGUUCACUUCCGAUUGUUCUUUGAUCGCCGCAAAAUACCAGUGCAAAUUGGCGAAACGGAAUCAUCCGUCCGAGACGUAAUGGUCCAGGAGGUGAUGGCUGUCGAACCAGUCGCAUUCAAGUCCGUCGUAGUCGACAUCGACACCAUCAAAGUUCACAGGCAUAUUCCAUCACCGGCCAUGUUGAGCCAGAGUCAGCGAUCGCGGUUGCAAAUCGCCGACAGCGUCGAAAGUGAAGAAGCAGACGACGACGACGCGGGAAAUUCGAUUCAUAACAAAGCUGUUCAUCCGAUUGAAUUUUCCGAUGACAUCGACGAAAAUGUCGUCAACACCACCGAAGACGAGAGUUUAUUCACCACCGACGCGGAUGUGGACAUCAUCAGUGAGAAGAGCAACCACAAAAGUCUGGAGCCGACCACUGAGCCGUCCCUUCCGGAGAUGACGUCAACCACCACCACCACCACUAAUACUCCGCCCAGAAUCUCAUCGACUGAGACCACCCGGCGGACGGCUGCCGCCGAUUCUUCGCUUGUAAUUCCGACGCAAGAUCCCCGACUGAGUUACGACGACAGCGAAUGGAAACCUUUAAUUGUGAACAUGAAACCACCGGGCAGAGCCCAGCUGGAGCAGAGGCCGACCUCGAUGAUUCCGCACCCGGCCGAGUCUGAAGACGACGCGCUGCUGCUAAAUCAUCAACCCGCACCCGAGGACGACCCCGACAUCUACCAAAUCGGCCUCGAAAAUCACGCAGAAGAACCUCCGGCCGGAUACCAAGUCGAAGAAGAAGGUCAAAAGCAGACGGCCGAUUUACAAUCAAACGUCAAACACGACCGCCGCGUCAUCUCCGCCAGUGCCGCAAACGAAAAUGAGAAGGACGUGGCUAGCGGCGAGGCUGAAGCUUCGCCGGAUGAAGCGACUUCUCCAGUGACUCCGACUAAAUUCAACUUCCUCCAGUGGUUCAACUCGCAACUCAACAACGUCAAAUUAGCUCAGACCAGGCAGCAGGAACAGCAACAGCAACAGCAACAGCAGGCAGCAGCUGCUAAUAAUUCCACGAAUGCCGAGUUGCCCGCGGGACCCAUCUCGCCCACGCGCUUUUUCACGGUGAAACCGACAGCUGUGUCGUACACGGGAGUUCAGCCGAUAUUACGGCCGAAACCGUGGGAAGAGAAUUCAACCGACUCGCCACCACCACCACCACCAGCACCAGCAGCACCACCUAUGGGGCCCUUGUCCGUGGCCGGUUUCAUCGUGUCCACUAUGAAUCGGACGGCCAUCACCGAUUCGGCUGUCGUCUUGCCUCAAUCAUUUCACGUUCAAACUUCGCUGUCGCUGGGCAAAGAGCCGCUCAAAUUGGUCGAGAGUCCCCGCUCGCAGAAAUCUCUGCCGGACAAUUUUCAAUUGGAUUUGAUGUCGUCGUCAUCGUCGGCAGUGGCGGGCAGCAGCACGCGGAACCCGAGAGAAUUGCAAUUGGCGGAUCGGCAGACGCAAGUCGAGUCGUUGACGGAUUUCUUCCCUCGGGUGAGACGACCCGUGGCCCGACCCCAAGUGAGUAAGGCUCAACAGCGGGACAAUUCGGCCGGCACGCGCCUACCGAUCGAAGGUUUGUUCAGCACCUUGAAACCGCCUCAAGGUGCCGCCGGCCAGGAGACUAUAAUAAGUAAACACCGCAGCAGCAGCAGCAGCAGCCACACCAACUCGCCCAUCUACACCUUCAAACUGAAUCAAGGCCAAAGUGUCCAUGACGUCCUGUCGCAGCUCUUGGCGGAUUUGACCAUUGGCGAAUCGCCGUCCCUGGUGGAAGUGGACGGGGCCGCCCCGUCCCUAACAUUGGCCGAGCAGGAGCAACUGGAAAAUAAUGACAUGAAAAAUAAGGCCAGCAAUAAGAAAGUGGAUGACGAUCGGCUCAAACCUUGGGCUCACAUGCCUUUUCGACCGGCUAUUUUGAACGCCCUUUAUCAUAAUACACGCAAUUCAACCAGCACAAAUACUAGCACUAGUACUAGUACUAGUACCAAUGUCAGCACCCCGGCCGCUAUUACUUCAGUCACGUCUUUGAAUGAGGACGCCGGCGUCACGACGUCGACAGAGAUUGCCACAAGCGGGGGGCCAAACAUCCAACAGGUUGUCACCAACUGGCCUACGGAAUUCACGACUGCAGUUGCAGAUUGCGACGACGAUCAGUUUCGGUGUACGAACGGCGAAUGCGUGUCGGCGCUGGCGCGAUGCAAUCAAAUGAGCGACUGUCGUGACGGAUCGGACGAGCUGAAUUGCACUUGCUCCGACUUUCUGCGUGCACAAUUCCUGUCACGCAAAAUUUGCGAUGGCAUUGUCGAUUGCUGGGAUUAUUCCGAUGAGAACCAGUGUGAGUGGUGCCGUCCGGGCCAAUACAUUUGCCCGAACAGCAAAGUGUGCAUCGAUCGAAAUUUGAUUUGCAAUGGCUUUCGAGAUUGCCCAAAUGGAGACGACGAACGGCACUGCAUCGCUUUAGCCCACCACUUGGACUCCACCGAAGAAAUGAGCUAUUCAAAUUCAGGUUAUCUGAUGGUCCGUCGAGAAGGCCGAUGGGGUAAACUUUGCAUGCAGAAUUUUGAGACCGCCGUUGAAAAACUCCGCCAAUCUUUCCAAGUGAACGACCUCGGAAAAGCUGUUUGCAAAGAACUGACAUUCACCGGAUUGGAGAGAGCCGAGAAGAAGCUGGACUCUUCGAGAUCGAGUCAAGAUUCCUCAUAUUUUGAGCUGGUGGAAUCGGGAAAUGAGGAUAACGAGUACGAGAACCUCGACGACCAGUUGGCACUCGACAAUUUGGACCAAGACAGCGGAGCAUUGGUGGCGAGACCCAGAGCUUCCAUGCUCGAUUACACGACAAGUAAAUGCUCCAAGCGUCAAGUCGUUCACGUCCAUUGCCGCGAUCUCGAGUGCGGUGUCCGGCCCCAGUUGGUCUCGACCAGAGCAAGAAGGAUCGUGGGUGGAGCGAAUUCGACCCCUGGUGCCUGGCCCUGGCAAGCCGCCCUCUAUAAGGAAGGAGAUUUCCAAUGUGGCGCCACCCUCAUUUCGUCGCAGUGGCUCGUUUCGGCCGGUCAUUGCUUCUACCAUGCCCAAGAUGACCAUUGGGUGGCCAGACUCGGAGCUCUUCGUCGGGGAUCGAAUUUGCUGUCGCCACACGAACAGGUGCGGGUCAUUUCGCACAUCUUCAUCCACCCCGGAUACAUUGACACGGGUUUUGUCAAUGACAUUUCCAUCCUGCGCAUGGAGGAACCCGUUCGCUUCACCGACUACAUCCGGCCGGUGUGUCUGCCUCCACCCACGGCCGACAUCCGCGACGGAAGACUUUGCACCGUCGUCGGAUGGGGACAACUCUACGAAACAGGACGCGUUUUCCCCGACACCCUGCAGCAAGUGCAAUUACCUCUAGUCUCGACAGAAGAGUGUCGAAAGAGGACACUUUUCCUUCCUCUCUAUCGUCUCACCAACAAUAUGUUCUGCGCCGGAUUCGAUCGAGGAGGCCGUGACGCCUGUCUGGGCGACUCUGGCGGACCCCUCAUGUGCGAGGAACCUGAUGGUCGAUGGACGCUACAAGGUGUCACCAGCAACGGAUACGGUUGUGCAAGAGCCAACCGCCCUGGGGUCUACACAAAAGUGGCUCGAUAUGUCACAUGGAUAGAUCAAGUCGUCAACGGGACCUAUCGAAGUACAAGGAGACCUUCGCUCUGUACCAACGGCCACCGAUGCCUCCUAGGGCAGUGCCUGCCAAAGAGUCAUGUUUGCAACGGAAUCGUUGAAUGCAGCGACGGCAGCGACGAAAGGAAUUGCACGCCAGUGACGCUGUAAAUCUUUGAUUCACCUUACAUUCUGAUUAUCUAAACUGUUGCUCGCGUUUCACGCAACAAAUGCAAAGUUUAAGCAAAUGGCGUACGACCAAACUACGUUUCAAGAUGGCCGUAUUAUGGAAAUGACGGAAUUUCGAUACAAAUUGUGACCUUUUACUGGCAAUCAUACAAACAGGAAAAGGUUGAUUCCCGAUGAUUCAAUCUUAUGACUGUCCUAAAUCAGUAAUGAAUAUCUUUUGUGUUAAGUAUUUUUAAAUGAUAUACGCUAGCGUGCAUUUAAUAUUCGUGUUCAGUUUGCCAGUGACGUGCUAUCAUAAGCAUUUCUCCUCCUAAACUACGUCCUUUCAAGAAAAAAAAGAAAUCAUCCUCGUGUCUUAUUUAAAAUGUUGUAAAAGCGAAUAAGUUAGCAAACCAUGGCCAAGUCCUUGCGCGUCAAAUUUAAUUAUCAUUUUUGUCAAAUGACCCGCGUGUUUCGACGCUACCAACGUCAGAGCAGCAGCAGCAGUUCGGAUAGACGGCAAAUUCGUGCGAGUGAUAACCAUUUCGAAAUGAUAUCAGCUGCUUCCCUUAUCCUGUGUAAGUGUAGAUUUUUUUUAAAUUGCUGUGGGGCCUUAAUUGUAAAAGAGUAAAAUCUAACAAAACACUGAAACUGAGCAGCUUAUUUCGAUACAAGUGCAUGGAGUAUCCUAACACACCUUGGCCUUAAAUAGUAUUAAGCAUACGCAAUAUCAAUAUGAUCCAGGUAAUUUGAACGUUUACCAUUUAUAAAACCCAUUUUUGUGUACAGUCGGUUAACUUGAUUUCGUUUUUGCUGUGAAUGAGGAUCUAACUCAUGUGCUGUAUUUGUCAAGAGAUCUUGUCUAUGAAAUUGAUGAGUAUCGUGAAUACAUUUAAUAAAAACAACAACUCAUAACAGAAAUGCAAAAAAGUUGCAACUAAAAUAUUCUUGGGAUUCUACGCUUCAAACAACCAAUUUCAUUGCUUUGAUCUUGGAUAGCCAAGUUAGCAUAUAGAGAUUGACCUAUUAAAAUCGAAACAGGGAAUUCGAACAAAUGGAAUAAUUUUCGCAAUUGAACAUAAAAAGAACUUUAGUUCAACCUCAAAUUGGAGAUUCGAGUCAACCAAGUCAACAACUUGGUGUAAUUGGUAUUUCGCCAUUCCUUUCCGUUAUCAAGUAGAUCUAACUGUUUUUACAGACACCAAGUACACAUCAGCACUUGCCUAAUAUUUAACGGUAUUUGGAUAACACUAAUUGAAAAAAGAAUUUUUGGUACUACACCCUAAUUCAAAGAAAAACUAACGGUAAUAAAUAAAUUAACAAUACAUCGACGAAGCUGAAAACACUAUUCCAGAAUUCACGUAUGCAGCAUUAAAAUAAAUAAAGUGCCCAUGAAAUAAUUAAG